AUGGACAAUCCGCACGGCCUGCCCUCUCAUGUCAGGAGUCCGCACGACAAAGUCUCUCACAUCGGGGUGCUCGCACACAUUCGCCGCGCGCAAUGGCUUGGAGAGGACUACCGCGUAGUGGUAGACGGUAUCUCGCGUUUUACCUAUGGUAAUCUCGUUCUUUCCGAUGGCAUCAUGACCACCAAUACCAAACCAUUCCUAGAUACAGCCCGUGUAUCAAUCAGUCUAGCACGGCCUAUGUAUGAGAUACCGCCGCCCUCGCCAAAUACUCUGAACCAAUUAACACGCCUGUCAGUUCAAGAUCAGUUGAGAUAUGCCUAUGGGUUCGUGUCGGAGAUGAUGGUACAUCCUGAGUAG